AGCUGUUUACUUUUUUCAAACAAGUCUUCAGUUUUAUAAAGUUGUUAUUCGUUUACGUUUUUAUUAAUCAAAUCAUGGAAAUAUUGAAGAUAUUUAGCUGCUGUAAAUCAAAAAAAUUACCCGUUAAAAUAACCGAUGAGAAACGUUCUCGAAAAGUUGGUGUAAUUGUUUCUAGUUUGCUUGAUUUGAAGAAAAAGUCGAAUGAUCUACUUCAUGUAAUAACGAACUCAGAUGAUUGGGAUUCCCUCUUUAUUGGUCUAGAAGACGGAACUGAAGUGUCCGAUGACGAUUACUUAUUUUCCUUGCAAAAUAAUACAUUGCUAAUCAUUUAUGAAGCCAAACCUAGACAACCAGCUAAAAUUCAUUCUGCUGGUAUGCUACAAGAAGCAAUGGAGAGAUAUUUGAAAGCUAUUCAUGAUCUUCAAAAUUUUAAUGCUGAAGAAGUAGUAAAGUUUAUUGAAGACAAUAAGGAUGAAAAACUGAAACUUACUUGGCAGUAUGUUUCCAAACUCCCUUCAACAAAAAGCCACUUAAGUUCAAUUUCAGAGCACCCAGAGUGGUUUAGUGGUUGUAACAAACUAGUUACCACCAAAGAAGAAUAUUUUAGAAAAUGUGCUCAAGGUAGGAUACGAAGUUAUUUGCGAGACGCCAGAAACAGACUUUCAAACAACAAUCUUUCCCCCUGUCCAAUUGACAAGUUUAAGAGCUGUUUGGAGAAGCAGAAAUAUUUUGCUUGCUACUUUGACAGAAAAGACAAAAGUCAAGAUAAGUUGUGUGACUCUAAAGGGCAAUUCCAGUGUCAGGGUCAAUAUAACAAAACUAUUUGUGAAAGUAACCAUCAGAUCAAUCCUUAUGAUAAUGCUGAGAGCCGUGUCUUAUUCAGCACCUGGAAUCUUGAUCACGUAAUUGAAAGAGUAAAAAUUUUAUCCGAUCUCUGUUUAAAAAUACGUUGCAAUAAUGAAUUUGACCAUUUAAAAUAUUUUGACCUCCUCUUCUCAAAAAAGAAUUUGAAACUUGUUCAUAAAAACUGCCAUGUUAUUGGACCACAUACUGAAUGCCAAAUUGUGUAGGUUGAUUCUUAGCACUUGAAUAAGAUAAUUUUAUUAAAUGUCCUCAUAUUGUACCCGAAACUUCAAAAGUUUAAUAAUCGUGCUUUAAAUACAUUGAUGAGUUGAUGGCUUAUU